UGACGUGAGAAUGUAAACAAACGAGCAAGGUGGCAACGCUGCAUCAGGUUGUCGAUUUUCGCUGUAUAAAUAUUUCGAUUCGCAUUAUUCCUUAUCUGAUAGUAAAUAGACUAGGUAGAUGAACGUCAAUCACACACAAACUAAACAGAGUUUCUAAACAACAAUGGCAGAUCGGGCCAUCAAGCUCCUGGUGAUCGGAGAAAGCGGGGUGGGCAAGUCCAGUCUGAUUCGUCGCUUCGUGGAGAACAAGUUCGACGAGAACCAUGACGUCACAAUCGGCAUGGACUUUAAAAGCAAGGUGAUGAAUGUGGACGGGAUCGACUAUAAAGUGGCGUUAUGGGACACGGCCGGAGCGGAAAGGUUCCGCAGUUUGACCCCAAGCUUCUACCGGAAGGCGCUGGGCGCUAUCCUAGUCUACGACAUCACCAACAGGGACUCACUAGUAAAACUGGAGGCGUGGCUAGCAGAGCUGGACAGCUACAGUGACAACCCGAACAUAGCCAUCAUUGUGGUGGGCAACAAAAUCGACCAGGAGCGAGUGGUGGAUCGCGAGGAGGGGCGAAAGUUUGCCCGCAAGCACCGAGCCCUGUUUAUUGAAACUUCGGCCAAGUGCGAUCAAUUUGUCAGCGAUGUGUUCAAGGACGUUGUCGAGAAAAUUGUGUCCUCCGAGUACUUUGGGAAUGGCAACGGAUCCGCGAAUGGCAUGGAGAUCGGCGGCAACCAGGAUCUGGAGGCGAAUGAUUCAACGUGUUACUGUUGAUAUUUGGAUGUUGUGCUUUUGUCAAAUUUUUAGCAUGUAUUUAUUUAAUCGUUUCAAUAUCAUUAGCAUAAAGUCUA